GGAUAGGUAUACGGUGAUUGGUGAGUCACAGUGUCUAUUGCAUGCCCAGUAGUCAGGCGUAAACUGCAACCACCUCAAUUUUUUUCCGGAUCUAUCAUCAAUUUGUGUAACGGCCGGCAAGGAUCAGAAACAAUAUGGAAGCUGAAGCUGUCGUCUCAGAUGCUGUGAAUUACAGAGGUGCGCCGGCGGAUAGGUCGUCCACCGGUGGCUGGCUCUCCGCGGCAUCGAUUUUAGUUGUUGAACUGUGUGAAAGGCUCUCCACAAUGGCCAUCGCUGUUAACCUUGUCACUUACCUCCACGGCACGAUGCACCUGUCAAGUCCAACAUCAUCCACCAUAGUUACAAACUGGGGAGGAAUCUCCUUCCUCUUAAGCCUGAUCGGAGGGAUCCUCGCCGACUCUUACUUGGGCAGAUAUUGGACAAUUGCAAUAUUCGCCAACGUUCAUGUCCUGGGAUCAAGCUUGUUAACGAUUUCAACAGUGGUGCACACCUUGCACCCACCUCCUUGCAAUCCUUUACAAUCGCCAAACAUCUGCAAACAAGCCAAUACUCUUCAGCUGGGAGUUUUCUUCUUAGCCAUCUUCACAAUUGCGGUUGGAAUUGGUGGAAUAAAAUGCAGUGUUUCAGGCUUUGGGAGUGAUCAGUUUGACCAAAAGAACGAGAAGGAAAUGGCUCAAAUGACUUACUUCUUCAAUAGGUUCUACUUUUUCAUCAGUAUAGGGACUCUUCUAGCAGUCACAGUGUUCAUAUAUUUACAAGAUAGAGUUGCUAGAGUCUGGGGAUAUGGAAGCUGCACUGCUAUAAUGUUUCUUUCAGUAGCAAUAUUUUUAUCAGGCACUAGAAGGUACAGAUACAAGAACUGUCUUGGAAGCCCCAUUGUUCAAAUUUUGCAGGUCUUGGUGGCUGCUGUAAGAAAAAGGAAGGUACAAGUCCCACCAGACGAGCAACAGUUGCACGAUGAUCAUUCCGAAGAAUCAAGAUUACCUCGCAGCAAGCAAUUCAGUUGCUUGGACAGGGCAGCCAUCAAAGAUGACAAAGAUGAGUUACUGAUUGAAGCUGGAACUACUAAUUUGUGGAGACUCUGCACUGUGACAAAAGUUGAGGAAGUAAAAAUGAUGACCAGAAUACUCCCGAUUUGGGCGACAACAAUUAUGUUUUAUGUUGUUCAUGCACAGAUGAUUACAUACGCUGUCCUGCAAGCGAACACUAUGAAGAGGUCUAUUGGAUCGUUUGAAAUACCGGGAGCCUCAUUCAAUGCAUUCUUCAUAGGAGCUAUAUUGCUAACUCUCGGAACUUAUGAUCGUAUAAUCAUCUGCAUUUCCAAAAAGACAGGAGGGACAAUUGGCUUAACAAGUAUACAGAAGAUGGGAGUUGGCCUAUUUAUUUCCAUCCUGGCAAUGGUAGUGGCAGCCAUAGUUGAAACUAGAAGAUUGAAUGUUGCAAUAGGCGUCGACAGCGCAGGUCCAGCACUGCCAAUAAGUGGCUUCUUAUUAGUCCCUCAGUUUGUGCUGGCCGGGGCAGGAGAAGGCUUCGUGUACACCGGGCAGCUUGCCUUCUUCCUAACAGAGUCACCGAAAGGGAUGAAAGCACUGAGCACUAGCCUAUUCCUCACAACUAUUUCAUUCGGGUUCUUCCUUAGCAGUGCACUGGUUGCUAUAGUAAAGAAAGCAACCCAAGACAAGCAUGAUUGGCUUCCUUCCGACAUUAAUCAUGGCAGACUGGAUUUGUUCUAUGGGUUCAUAGCUUUGCUGAGCCUCGUUAACCUCGGGCUCUAUCUAUUAAGUGCAAGAUGGUUUCAGAGGAAGAAGACAACAUAACCUGAACUGAUUUAUAAACUCCCUGGAGUCCAGAAGACGUUGCAAAUGAAUGUGCAGCCGCCAUCAAAGAUCGUAGUUUAAUCUGGUUUAGAAAUAACAUAUUGAAUGGAUCCAAUGAUCUUGUAUGUACAUUGUAUGAUUUGAGGAUUCAAAUAUUUAUACAGGGCUUUGAAACAUGUACAAAUUCUCUAUAGUAGACAUGGGUAGUGAACGAAAAACUUCAAAACAAUUUUCAUGAGGUAAAGACGAAAAGGUAUCUUUUCUGCAGUAUUGUUCAAUGCUACUUUUCUCUUCUAAUGAAU